AUGUUGGAUGGGAAUUAUCCAUGCAACAUCAGCUUGUCAGACUGUGGCUGGGCACAGGUUGUCUUAAGCUCAUCGAAAGAGUCUGGAAAAAGAGGCAAGCGGUGCAGGACUGCUGAUAGCACCAGUAGCAGUACUGUGGAUAGCACCAGUAGCAGCACUGUGGAUAGCAUCAGUAGCAGGACUGUGGAUAGCACCAGUAGCAGGACUGCGGAUAGCACCAGUAGCAGGACUGCGGAUAGCACCAGUAGCAGGACUGCGGAUAGCACCAGUAGCAGGACUGCGGAUAGCACCAGUAGCAGGACUGCGGAUAGCACCAGUAGCAGGACUGCGGAUAGCACCAGUAGCAGGACUGCGGAUAGCACCAGUAGCAGGACUGCGGAUAGCACCAGUAGCAGGACUGUGGAUAGCACCAGUAGCAGGACUGCGGAUAGCACCAGUAGCAGGACUGCGGAUAGCACCAGUAGCAGUACUGCGGAUAGCACCAGUAGCAGUACUGUGGAUAGCACCAGUAGCAGUACUGUGGAUAGCACCAGUAGCAGGAUUGUGGAUAGCACCAGUAGCAGGACUGUGGAUAGCACCAGUAGCUGGACUGUGGAUAGCACCAAUAGCAGGACUGUGGAUAGCACCAGUAGCAGGACUGUGGAUAGCACCAGUAGCUGGACUGUGGAUAGCACCAAUAGCAGGACUGUGGAUAGCACCAGUAGCAGGACUGUGGAUAGCACCAGUAGCAGGACUGUGGAUAGCACCAGUAGCAGGACUGUGGAUAGCACCAGUAGCAGGACUGUGGAUAGCACCAGUAGUAGGACUGUGGAUAGCACCAGUAGCAGUGCAGGACUGUGGAUAGCACCAGUAGCAGGACUGUGGAUAGCACCAGUAGCGGUGCAGGACUGUGGAUAG